GCAAAGAGCUCCAAAAAUGCCCGUCAGUCAACAACACUUAUCAUUGGUAUUCUCCAGAAUAUUAUUAAGAUUAAUAAGUAUUAAAAAUAAUAAGUAUUAAAACCCGCUGUAAUAAGUAUUAAAAAUGGUUUUAGCACAACUUGGUUGCAAAAAUUUACUGCAAUACUUGAGUAUUUUUCGUAUUUAUUUGAGCUUUUAAAGAGAUACCAUCUAGGAUGCCAUUGCCCAUACACAUAGCAAGCUCUUCUGGUAAUAAAAAUUUUCUAAAGAGAUUGAUUGAUACUGUUGCUCCUGAAGUUCUUGAAAUAAAGAAUGAAUGUGGAAAAACACCUUUGAUGUUGGCUGUUAUUCACCAUCACUUUGAAUGUGUUAACCUUCUACUCAAAGCUGCAGUACAUGUUGAUAACUCUGAUUCUCUAGGACAAACAGCUCUCCAUAUAGCCACUAAUAAGGGCUUUCAUCGAUGCGUGAAGCUGCUUCUGUCAUACGAUGCAUCCUAUCAACUGAAGGAUUUUUCGGGAAUAACGCCUUUACAUUUGGCUGCUAUAAAUCCUAAUUCCAAGUGUCUGUCUGCAGUUCUUAAGGUUCUCAAGCCCGGAGAGUCAGAUAUUCAAGACAGCUCAAAAAAAACUGCCCUGCACUGGUGUUCAGCAUGGGCAAAUGCAAGUCAUGUUGGAAUGUUGCUCUUAAAGGAUGCUAAUAUAUGCAUACCUGAUGAUCAAGGAAAAACACCUCUUCAUUGGGCAGCUACAAAUCCUACAUCUAGUGCAUUGGAUUGUGUUAAAAUUCUCUUGGAGAAGGAAGGAAAUCUUAUAAAUUGGCAAGAUUAUGAGGGUAGAUCAGCAUUGCAUCUUGCUGUAGGUGCUGGAAACAUUGAAGUAGUUCGCUUUCUGGUUUCAAAGGAAACAUGCAACACAGAUAUAUUAGAUAAUGCAUUUUGCACACCUCUACAUUGGGCUGCUAAGAAAGGCUUUGCUGAUAAGGCUGAUAUUUUAUUGAAGAAGAGCCUUUACACUAGUGCUGAUGACUCUGGUGCAACUCCUUUACAUUAUACUGCUUUUCAUAAUUAUGCUAAAGUUGUGGAAACAUUUUUAUCGAGAUCUUUCAUUUAUGACAUUGCUGAUGCCAGCGGAAGGAAUGCAAUAUUAUGGGCUGCUGCAAGAAAUGCUGAUGACGUCAUUGAAGUUAUGGCAAAGAAUGGAGUCCUACUGGACUGUUCUGACAAAGAUGGUUUGACAGCUCUUCAUUAUGCUUCUCUGAAAGGUCAUCUAUCUACAAUUAAGAUAUUGGUAAAGCAUGGCGUGCCUAUCAAUAAGAAAGACAAAUGCGGAAUGACGCCAUUGCUGAGAGCCUGUGAAUUUGGUCGUGCCAAAGCAUCUCAACUUCUGAUACAACUUGGCGCAGAUGCCACUAUUACAGAUGUAAAUGAUUGUUCUAUGUUACAUUGGUGUGCCUUAGGAGGACAUGCAUAUUUAUGUCAAAUGUUACUCCAUAAAGAAAUGCCUGCAAACAUUCAGGAUGCUUUUGGACGUACACCUCUACAUUAUGCUUGUAUGAGAAGUGGUCAUUUGAAUUGUGUAUCGGUGCUUCUUGAAUCUAAUGCAGAUCCUAACAUUGUUGAUAAUAAGGGAAAAUUACCUCUGCAUUGGGCAGUAUUGGCUAAUCAUUGGGAAAUUGUAAAGUUGCUAUGUGAUUAUGAGACAGAUGUAAAUGCAAUGAUUAAGAAAAAUGAUUGGAUGACUGCACUUGAUUUAGCAGUUACGAAGAAUCAUUAUAAAAUUGUUGAAGUAUUAAUAAUGUAUGGUGCACUUCAUGCUGAAGAAAUUAAAAAUAUUGCUGCUCAAACAAUUCAACAAUGGUUUCGAAAUCAUCACUUUAUAAAACAAAUCUAUCAGAAUCUUCAUACAAAACUGAUUGGUUCUGAAAGCAAAGAAAUUUCAGGAAAAUAUUCUUUUCUGAAGAGUGAAGAUGGAAACAAGGACAUAAAAUGUUUGAAAGGACUGCAUGAGAAUAAUAGUGAAAUUCAAGAUGUAAGAAAUCCUGGGUUUGCAUCCAGCAUAAUAGAAAACAAUUCUAGCAAAGGAAUGUCUAUUGAGAAAUCAACUGUUAUCAUUCAGCGAGCGUGGAGACAAUAUUUAAUGAAAAUGAAGUUUUUGAAGAUGCAGGCAACUAUUCAAAGGACAUUUAAAACCAUAGAUCAACGAAUUGAAGCUGAAAAGCAGUGGUGUAUAAAACUUCAGUCAUUUUUUGAACAAUGGUAGGCGAGAAUUAACAAUAUAUUUCAAUUCUGUGCAAUUACUCUACU